GUGCGUACAGGGAGCGCGAUGGAAAAGCUCGAUACGUAUUCCGAUGACGAAAUGAAUUUCUUCUUCCUAUUAGGGAACUUGUGAAUAUAUCGCCGUCGAAAAUGACGAUGUCAAACUCGAAGAAAUUCGGAGAAUCGGGAGUUUGCGCGUGAAAGCGUUGGAAAAGCGCCGACGUAGGUCGGCGUUAUACGUUAGGGAGGGUGGAGGGCCGCAUGUCGGAUCGUAGCGACCCUCCUUCCCGUUCGGAACGUGCGCGUUUCUCGGCAUCAGCACGUGGCAUCGAAGGGAAGGAUAUACCAGGGGGGUGGCCGCAAACGGCGACGACCCUCGCUCGUCGUCGUUGCUGCUCGCGCGCGAGCGAGCGAACGGCCGUGCGAACCCGUCUCCUUCCAAAGAGAGUAAAUAUUUUUUCUAUUUCUUCGUUUUUAUAAUUGGUAAAUUGCUAAAAAACGCAAUUGCGACGCGUCGUUAUUCCUCUUCUUUCCUUUCUUUCAUUUUUCUUCGUUCUCUCGCUUCUCUCUCUCUCUCUCUUUUCUUUUUAAUUCUCGCUCCUCUGACUUUUUCUCUUUUUGAAAGAGAGAAAAAAUCAAGAUGGAAAGAAAUAUUUUUCCAAUCUUUCUUUUUAAAAUCUCGGGAGUGAAAAUCCAUGUGUCCGAAGGUCGGCGUUGCCUACGAAGAUCGAGCCUGUAAUCGACGCGAUGGCGUGAUCGACGUCGAUGUAUCCUCGUGGGAAUGGAAACGAGUUUACGAAGCUAGGCAGACAAAAUCGAUGUACAUCGUGUUAAUAAUGAAGAGGGAAGGUCUUCAACCUUUCGAGAACCAGCCGUGCCGUAGGACCGACCACCUUUGCGAUGUAGAUAUGCAUAUGUACGCGUACGUGUGUGAUCCUUUCGGACAUACGUCGCAAGAACGUCCAACGACGACGAUUCGCAAUAAUUGGUAUGGACGGUACGAGAACUCGUUGAGGCGGAUAGAUUCGUUCGAAUCUUUCUUACGUUUUCUUCCUUUCACGGAGGAAGGAUUUAUUCUAAGAGGAAAGAAAUUCACGUAGGAGAAAGGGAAGGAAUGGGCCCUUGGGCCUUUGGAGUCCCUCUCAUCCUUGCCUGCGCUUUGGGCCUUCUUCUUAACGUCUACGUUCUACUCGUUGUUCUUGGUCUUGGUAAACAGACGCAGCAGCAACAAACGGCGAACACGUUGUUACUGAUUCAUCUUGGCGCGGUAGAGGCAGCCGUGUGUCUGAUAUUACUGAUCUUUACUACUACACCUUGGCCAGUAGCCGGCAGUUGGUGCGUAUUUCACGGCUUUCUUUUAGCCCUUUUACAUCCUGUCGCAUUGUGGACCGUCACGGGAUUGAACUGCGAUCGAUACUACGCUAUCGCCGCGCCGUUGCAUUACGCGGCACUGGUAUCACCCAGGCGAGUGAUCGUCGGUUUGAUAGCUUCCUGGACGGGAGCCCUUCUUUUAUCUUUACCACCGUUCUCCGGCCUGGUACCACCUUACAGAUACAGCCCAGGCUUAGGCUGUUGCGCGCCAGAUUUUGGAAACGGAAGUUGGGGUUCCGCAGCGGCACUUUACGGUGCGGUUUACGCGAUUCUCGGCCUGGCAUUACCGGCGAUUCUCGUGACGGUCUGCAAUUUGCGAGUCCUCGGUAUAGCGCGUUAUCAUCGACACCGUAUCGCUAGUGCGAUCUACGAGGUCACAUUAAGCGCCCAAGUGACCAUCACCCAUCAACGAAAUCCAUUUUUCGUGCCCACGGUCACGGCACCCUCGGCCGGUGGUCCUCCUCGUUUUCAUAGCGCUGCGAGCACGGUGAUGCAACUAGUCGGUUCACUCUAUUUCCUGUAUUUUCCCUACUGCGGAUUUAUACUUUGGGAAUCCUGCGGAGUCGGCGAUCAAGAUCGGCUUCAGGCGCAUCCUCGUCUAGCCUCCUUGGCGUCUCUUCUUCUUGCCUGUUCUCCACCCGUCAACGGACUCCUCUACGGUCUGAAAUCACAGACUCUGAGGCGAUCCGUGCAAAAUUAUUGGCGAAAAAAGGCGACCAAGUCCGAGUUGCAACAGGAGAUACAGGCGAGAACGCCAAGCGUGGCAGGCUCGAGAAGGCCGUCGGGAAGUGGAACCGGAUCCUUCUUUCCUUUUCCUCCGUUACAACGACGUCUCAGCGAAGCUCUCUUGGCGAUUGGUAACUGCAGAUCAGGAAAUAGCAUCGAACACGGGAAUCUUAAUUUUCAUCGUACGAGAUUACAACCCGCGGCUUCGUGUAACACGCUUAGAGUACCAUCGGCGGAAUCAGGCGAAACUGGCAAAUUGGUGAGAUCCAGCGCUAGCGCGGCGAGUCUAAUGGGGCCGCAUUAUCGAGGCGAUUUCGCGGGCAACGAGAUCGGGACUGGUUGUUCCAUGGCUACGAACGAAACGCCCAGACGAAGUCCAAGGAUUCUUAUAACGCGUGCUUGCAGCGAGGAGAGCCAAGACGGUGGGAGUCCGCUUCUUCGGAAAUCUUAUCUUUCGAACUCGGCCCAUCCACCCUGCGAAAAACGCAGAUGGAGAUAUUGUAGUACCGGAAGCGACAGUAGUACUGGGAGUAGCGAAACGAACGUUUGGACGACCGGCGUUGCUCAGAAAAUGGGGAAGAACAAUCUAAAGAAUAUGACGGACGUUUGGCCAGCGAGUCGACGAUUGAUACGCGUGAGAACGCUCGAGGAAGAUUCUCUUUCGACGGGCAUCAGGCCGAACAACAACAGCGAGAGUAGCGAUACGACGGAUACCACAGCGACGACGACGACGACGACGACGACGACAACGACCUUACCGAUCAAGGCCCAAAUGCUCGAGGAUGGAGAGGAAAUCGAUACGAGGAGAAGAAAGGGAUCGAGGAAGAACGAAGAUAGGGAUCGAAGCGAGAGCGAGAACAGUUGGAGCAGCGUGGAAGAGAUCGAGAUGAAAGAGGUGAUCGAGAAAAGGGGAGAGGAAGAAAUCGUUCGAAAGGACGAGGAGCGAUCGAAGGAAAGGAAAAGGUCGAGAGGGUCCCGCAGGAAGAGAAGAAUAACGCAGAGGGGUAAUUCCGAGGGAUCCGAGGAUCGAGAUGACGCGGCACAGCUGAGGCCACUUUUGGCUCCCUCUUCUUAGAAUCGUUUCGUCCCUCUUUUUUCCUGAUUCGUCCCGGAGGCACGGAGCUGAACACCGUCGUGUACCGUUAGGCUGGCCGAGUUUUAUCGGAGAUCGUCGAAAUCGACGCCGAAUCCAAUAAGAAACGAUACGAGGAGAACGCGUAUGCGUUUAAUCGCAACCCACGUACCUCCUCGCGCCCACGUACUCCUUAACGCACAAAAACGUCGCAAUUCGUUUCGCCCUCGCAUAACCGAAAAUAAUGUCGAUCGGUCGAUCGGUCGAGCUACGCGACCCGAUUAUCUUGUCUUAUCUUAAUGAGAGAAAAGGAAAAAGAAGCAACGAACGUUGGACGUUCGCGCAGGUUGGAGAGUCGUCUUUUUCCGUAAUAUCCGUUCUUGAGUUUAUCCCAUUUUAAUGCAUAGAUACACAGCCGGACCGAUACUUAUUCUAUUUAUUGCGAUAAAAGAGAUACUGGCUUCGACCUAUCCCGACGGCCUCGAUUUUCUCGACCCGUUGUGCUCGAGGAAAGUACGAAAAACCGAUACGAACGAACCGAUAUCCCCGAACCCGAAAGAAAAGAAGAACCGUGGGAGUUGCAGAGAAAGCGAACGAUAGUUUCUACGUAUCGUGAAGCAACUCGAGCCCUGAAAGAAGACGCUUAAUCGUUAAUCGAUCGAUCGAACCCCGUCUCUCCACGUGCACUUCGUUCGCUCUUUUAUCGGGCGACGAUUAAUUUAUUCCUUUCUUUCUUCUUCUUCUUCUUCUUCUUCUUUUCUCUUCGACGACACGACCACGCUGUCGCGACUCGAAGAAAAAAGGAAAAAAGGAAAAGCACGCGUUAAGAUGCAACGCAAUCGACGGAUUAUUAAUCACGAAAGUAUUCCGAUCCGAGAGCUCGUAAGAGUCUAUGAUAGAUUUUAGAAUGCUACGUUAAGAUCUCGGUAAAAUUGUACGUAAGUGCGUCGCCUGUCGGUGCGUUUUAAGCGCCAGUAGCGAACCUUCCCUCCUUCCACGUAAUCGACUCGAAUCCCAGAAAUAGAGACAAGACGAUAGAGAAGAAACAACACCCGUUGCAAAGUCCCAAACCAUCGACCGGUUCGAGUUUAGGUAACGCAGAGAGAUCAUUCCCUAUCGACGGGUUCGAGAAGAGGAGUCAUUUUUAGACGCUGUCCUCGUAUUACACCGUCUGAUCGAUGUUCGAGGUUAAUCGCUUGGCACAAGGUCAAACGAUCCUUCUAUCGCGUGCCAUUAGUCCCUUAAUAAUCUUCUAAUGACACCUAAUAUAUGUAUAUGUACGAGUAUAUAUGUUAACCUGAUGUAACAACGUUCGUAACGACUUAAAAAAUAAUCAUUUCGUGUUAGGCCAAAAGAGAGUUUCGUUACGAUUCUGCUUGCACGGUCGAUCGUUGUACGAAAUGACAAGAAUUUGCGAGCGAGAAACUCAUGGAUGUCUUCGACCUAAAUUAUCGGCGUAAAUUAUCACCGUAGCCGCGAUGAUAUCGACUUCUUUCGUAGCUAUAAAUUCAACCAAAAAAAGAAUCGACGCGAUACCCUCGUACGUACACGUUCGUAUAUAUCGAGUCUAUGGCAAAGAACAAAUAAAUAAAUAAAUAAGCAAAGAAAAAAGGAAGAAAGAUUUUACGACGGUGACAUUUUCAACAAGCGCAUGGUAGUUCCAAAGAGCGCUGUAUAACCAAUUCAAUUUCUAACUAUUCCGUCCGCAAAGAGUCGACGGGCGAACUUUCUCGUUUAUUCCAGUUUUUUCUUUCUUUACGCUCUUUACUCGAAAUUAUCGAUCGCAACUACCGCGAAAUCAAAUAUCCGUCUAUUAACGUCUCUCGCGUUAAAAUUAUUUUUAGCUUAGCUCUUUAUCGAGUUCGGUCAUGACGGUCGACUCUCGACACGAUUUCAAUUAGUAUCGAUAAUCGAGUUUCACCUAUACAUCGAAUCGGCGAAACUCGAGAGAGAGUCUCUUAUCGGAUAAAUAUUUACGGGUGAGCUUCGAUCCAUCUCGCAAGAAAAGGACAAACGCGUAUCGCGUCGCGAACGUGUCCGGUCUAACUAAAAAUUCGGCACAUUCGAUUCGUUCUUCGCGCUUCGAGGCGGAGCUAAUAGGCGAAGGAACAAAGAGAAUUUUAAAUAAAGAUGCGCGUUUUAGUGACUCGUCGUUCGACGAGCGAUAGAAGCUCGACGACUAAGUAGAAGAAUUUAAGCGAAAGCCCUUCAAAACUAAAUGGCAGGACCAACGUCGUAGAUCAGAGCGAAAAGAAUUUUUCGGAAAGAUCCGAUAGCUAGACUGGGUGCCUGCGAGGAAAAUGAUAGGGACAGGACGAUGAUAGGUCGGUUACGUGGAAAGAUCUUAGGACGUAAGGUCCGUUCCGUGUUUGUCCUAGAAGAGAAAUAUGUCCUGUCGUUUGGAAAACGGUCCUUCGAUAGGUUUCGGAUUAUCCGUGUAUUCGGUGCCGAGAGGCCGAGAGGCGCCAGGUUGUCGGCUAGACGGAGAGCAGAUAGGACGGAUUGCGAUCCUGCGUUCCUGCCGAGUGAAAAAAUUAUCACGAGUACGGGAUCUCGAGUUUGGGGAUACUUCCGUCGUCCUGCGCUUAUGGACGAAAGAAAACUACGUAGGGGGAAGCGACGGAGAUAGAAAAAUUCCGAUCGUUCGUCGGUGAAUACGACGAUACGUUAUAUAUGUGCAUGUAAGUAGAUAAUAAUCAAUAACAUUAUUCUCAUCGUCCAAAUCGGAGAUUGAAUUUCCUUCUAUCGGGAUUUUAAUUGGAACCGCCGUGUUCCUUCUAGCGCGUUCUUUCUAUCGGGUUCCAUUUUCGUCAAGAGUUUUCACUUAAUAAAAGAUUUCGAAAUGAACGACGCUAAACACGAUCGCUUUGUCAAAUAGAUGUCGUCGAUGGCAACGAUUCCGACCGUACGUAAUCUUUCCAUAAAGUCGACUGGUCCCAAAAAACGACUGGACGAAAAUGGAACGUUUUCGCAUUUAGAGCCGCGUAAUCCCUCAAAUAUCUUCUUUCGCGCAGACGUUUAUAUUCCAUUCUUAUCGUCGGAUAAUAACGAAGCGUUUCUUAACGAAGCGACUCGAAACGAGUAGAUUUUCCCUACAUUUUCGAGCGAAUAUUUCAACUCGAAAGAAAAGGAGAAACGGAAGG